AUGACCUCCCUUGCCAUCUUUGAUUUCGACGGCACGCUCUUUGACACACAUGAGUCCAUCGAACAGUCAAUUAAACUCACCUUCGAUGCCUUGAUGCCCUCGCAUACCCUGCCGCAGUCAGAAGUCCACCGACUGAUCUCUAGCGGUGCCGGCCUCUCUGAUACUUUCCGAGCACUUCAUCCUGAUCCCACGGCAUUUACUGUAGUGGAAGAGGACAGAUGGAUCGAUAAAUAUCGUGCGAUAUAUGCAACCGAUGGCCAGUUGUUAAUCCGGCCCUUUCCUGGCGCCAAAGACACCUUGCACGAGCUAGAACUCCAAAAGAUCCCUAUUGCUAUCAUCAGUAACAAAGGAGUUGCGGCAGUCAAAACCGCCCUUGAACGCAACGAUAUAGCCAAAUAUAUACCCGAGAACUUGAUUAUUGGCGAUAAGACACCCGGCGCAGAACGAAAGCCUAGUCCUGCUAGUUUUACCGAGGUCUUAGCACCUACGUUACGCACGCAGUAUGGAUUGACUGGUAUCGAUGCUAGCCGUGUCCUAGUUAUUGGCGAUACGGUUGCAGAUAUUCAGUUUGCAAGGAAUAUUGGGGGGCAAGCCUGUUGGUGUCGGUAUGGAUAUGGAGAUCACGGCGCAUGUAAUGAACUAGAGCCAGAGUUCAUCGUUGACUCGCUGCGUGAAGUUGCAGCGCUCACCGCGCGUUCUUAG